AUGCCGAGGACCAUAACUUUCGAUAUACCCGCACAGUACAAGCUCGUGGCUCUUGUGGGCGAAGGAGCCUAUGGGACUGUUUGUUCAGCUGUCCAUAAACCCACAGGGAUCAAUGUUGCUAUCAAGAAGAUUCAACCGUUUAGUAAAGCGAUGUUCAUAACACGAACUUUACGUGAAAUAAAAUUAUUGCGAUAUUUCCAUAACCACGAAAAUAUCAUAAGCAUACUGGACAAAAUAAGGCCAACGUCCAUAGAGAAAUUGAAUGCUGUAUACCUGGUGCAAGAAUUAAUGGAGACCGACUUGCAAAGGAUUAUAAACAAUUAUGCCACAAAUCCGUUGAGUGAUGAUCAUAUACAGUAUUUUACAUAUCAAAUCUUGAGAGCAUUAAAAUCAAUUCACAGUGCCAAAGUGAUUCAUAGAGACCUUAAACCAUCAAAUUUGCUACUGAACUCUAAUUGCGACUUGAAAGUUUGUGAUUUUGGGCUGUCAAGAUGUCUAGCAAGUAGUAGUGAUUCUAAGGAAACUUUAGUUGGCUUCAUGACAGAAUAUGUGGCCACUAGGUGGUACAGGGCUCCUGAAAUUAUGUUGACGUUCCAGGAAUAUACAACAGCUAUGGACAUAUGGUCUUGUGGCUGCAUACUAGCAGAGCUUGUAUCAGGUAAACCUUUGUUUCCUGGGAGAGAUUAUCACCAUCAAUUAUGGCUCAUAUUAGAAGUUACCGGAUCUCCCACAUAUGAGGAUUUUGAAUCAAUCAAAUCACAACGUGCUAAGGAAUACAUAGCUAAUAUACCCCUGAAACCAAAGUUAUCGUGGGAUAUCUCCCUGAACAAAACGGGCUUGAACCCUAUGAUGCUCGAUCUAUUGGAUAAGAUGUUAACGUUCAAUCCAAACAAGAGAAUCAGUGCUGCGGAAGCCUUAGCACAUCCCUAUCUUUCUACAUAUCACGAUCCAGAUGAUGAACCAGAAUAUCCUCCGCUAAAUUUGGAGGAUGAAUUCUGGAAACUUGACAAUGAGAUCAAGAGUCCCGACGAUGAGACAGAACUGUCUAUGGAUACCCUGAAACUAAUGCUGUAUAGCGAAAUAAUGAAGCCCAUCAAUUGA